GGUCCCAACGAGUGCGCUUCGCUUAGGGUCCACAAGUUAUCGUUAGUUGGCAAAGGGCGGACGCGUGUUUUUUUCAGCUCCUCGAUUGUAACGAACUUCGUUUUCCGUUAAAGGUUGUCUUUGGUGCAGUUUGUCGUAUGCUCCGGGUGUAAUGUGUUAGUGGCUUAGUCUUCCGGUGAGUGCAGUUUGCUUCCAAGGUGUAAUACUUUGUCUGACCCAAAUGAAACGCAAGGCACACGAUUCUGUUAGAAAAAUAAAUUCAAUCUUCCAUUACAAACAAACAGUUUGAGCAUAAACAAAGCCACAAUCGAAAAUGCGCUGCGGUGAAGUGAAACAUUUGUUGUGCUGUUGCUAAAGGGAAACUGUUCCAGCAACCUUAAAAAAAUCGGCGGGAGAAGUUGAUUACGACAAUCGGUUUGGUUGGUUAGUUCGUUCACAGCGAAGGGGAGUAUCUCAGGUGGAAGUGCAUCGCUCUAUCGCGUGGUCCAAAAUUACCGUGUAGAAGAAACGAAACGCCGUGGCUGUCGUCAGGAGUGUGAACGAAAAAAAAAACGGCAAACCGGUGAUGCUGUUCUGCGUGAUCUUGGCAUUUGCCCUCUUGAGUGCGGUCGUCAUUUAUGCCAUUUUCACCGUUGCCUUCUGGUUUUGCUGUGAAGAAUGAUGGUGAUUGCAAGAUGCUACGGUUGCCGUACCCGAAAUAGUUGCUCAAAAGCGUAGAAACAAGUGAUUGAGUGAUGCAUACGGUCAAAUUGAUGCGAUCAAUGGCGAAAGUGAAGUGAUAUUCGCACAGCAGAGUUGUAAGAGAGCGAGUUUGAAAUCGACGCUAACGGUGCAUUUGUUUGGUGUGGCUCUUUUCGAAGUCCUUGGAAUCGGGGCGGCCGUCAUGAGCGAUGGUGCAGCUUUGGUGAUGCGCUUAUUGACAGUAAUUCGGAAAGGUGGUUCGUGUGUGGAAUAACCAAAAAAAAAACCUACUGAAGCAGUGAAACACAGAUUCAGCAUAAAGCCACGAUGAUGACCUACAGCAGGCACCGUUCAUAAUCGUUCGGCAAAGCAACAUGGAAACCCUCAAACAUUUACUGCUGCAAACGACAGCCAGCAACAUUAGCAGCAUCGAUGACCUGCUAAAAGACUGCCACCCCGAGCUUCACCCGCAAUCGGAUCCGCUAGUCAGCUCGAACGGUGACACACUUUCCAGUUCGAUUGUACCCUCCCAGGGAGGUAAGAAUGGGUCGGAUUUCAUUGCACCCCUGCCGAACUACAAGCAGCCACCUGUUAUCGUGGGGGUUGCAGUCAAGCGAACACUCAAAAAACACCAGCAACAAUGUCAGCCGGAGUCGGAGAACGUUGAACCAAGCUCCGCUGCUAGUCAAAAUCUGAUCGAUACCCUGGAAAGGUGGCACAAUGACAUAUUCGAGUUGGGUGCAACGACGUCGACUACAACGGCGGCAGCGGCCGCGGGAAUGGCGGGAGACAACAAUAGUAGUAGCGACUGCAAUAUUAACGCCAAUCAGCUGACACGGGACCAACGGGAGGCUGUAGACGGCGAGGGGGAUCUGAUUGAUUUCAGCACCGAGAUUGUAGUUGCUCCGGAUGUACAACGGAAUCUGAAGCCGAAAGUUAAAAAGGUGACGUUUCUGUUGGACGAUUUACUGUUCGGAGAGGAGGGGAACCCCGACCGGAAGGAAAGCGGCAAGUUGAUAGAUGAGGAGAGAGAAUGUAAAACACUACCUUCAGUGGAAGGUGAAUGGGAUGUAAGUGAUAUCACCCAUGGGUGCGAUAGUGGGUGGCGACGGGAGGAAGCGACGACGCUGGCUGCUGGUGGUAAUGAAAUAUCAACAGAGACUAUGCAAACAUAUGACAUUGUUUCUAUUACGAACGUGAGUGGUCACGUUGACAGUGGUAGCAUUACCAGCAACAACAGUAGCAAUGUGCGAAAAGUGAUAAAAGAAAAGGAAACGGUCGAGUGCGCAUGUUCGUCGUCACCACAUUACGAUGGUCGUGAGCGUCAUCAUCAUUGUCAUCGAUAUCAGUGCCAGCAUCUGGCAGGGGGAGCCUUGAAUGGACCAGAAUCCGUCAGCACCCUCUUUGACUGUUUGGCUGUGGAGCAGCACCAGACUGCGUUACCGACAAACAGUACCAAUACAUACAAGCAGUUGGAUUCCGAUGCACAGACAUGGGAGAGGAAAAUCGACGAAAUUCCAGAGGACUUCUCAGGCGUUGAGAGCGCACGGAAGCAAAACGCAUGUGCACAAACUGGCAACACCAACACUGUCUGGCCCGACGGCGGCAGUGGCAAACGUUUGUCAGUGGACUAUCGUGCAUCCCGUGAAUCGAUCGAUGGCAGCAGAGGUGGCCACGAGGACGAGGGCAAUAUUGUUGACGUUCAGGAUGAAUCACUUAGGAACGUGUAUGGCAGCACUGGCGAGACGAGCACCUUUCGGCUGGGCCGAACUGUAUCCGAAUGCCGUCAGGAGGAGUCAACGGCAGCAAGAAUCGAUGAAACGGACUCGAGUCAGCGUAGUCUGCAGCCACUUGCCAAAGAAGCAGAAAAUGUUGUAACAUCAGUACCUACUGGUUCUGAACAGCUGGAAUUUGGACCAAAAAAUCCUCCGGAAUCACACCAAUUGUGUGAAAAAUCGAUUCAAGUUCCAUCGCCAUCGCAUCGGGGUGUGAAUAGUGUCGAAAACGGUGGUCAACGCUUCGGGAAGGAGGUCCAUUUUAGUCAGCAGGAAAAUUCCUACCACAAAAGCUCAGACAGUGAGAGUGAAAAUUAUUAUGGAACCUGUUCUCCUCCCCCACCGCCACGUCCCCCGUUGGUGCCACCCAAUGGAGCUCCGCCAGCAUACGGCCUAAAUGUGGAAGUUACCCUUAAUGCUCAUAUAAGUGUUCAUGGAAUAAGUGAGUUUGAUUUUUUUUCAUCUGGUGACAGACAAUCACCAGCAGACCCAGACGGACCUUUCGCAACGAGUGAAAAGAUCCUGAAGGACUGCGCCACCAAUACUAAUAGUGGUAGGAACAACAACAGUAACGUUACCCCAUCCAGUGCUGACAGUGGAAUUAUUAUUAUCGACGAUGACAUCGACGAUAGUGGGGGUGGAAGUGGGAGUGCUAUUAUUACCCGUGGGACCCGUGCAGAGUCCCAAAUCUGUGAACAUCCACUAGUGCUAGACGACAGCUGUGAAAAGAAAAAACCUGUAGGCCACUGUCGUGACCAGGAUACACAAACAUUUCUAGGAAUUUUUCCAUCGCCCAAGAAAACCAGUGAGAUCAGUGUUCAAGUGUGUGAAAAUGGCGAUUCUGACCUACGUCAUUUUGGCAGUCCAGAUUCGUGCGCUAGUGGUUCUGAGCUAGAGGGACGAAAAAACUCCGAACAGUUUCUGCGACCUCCGUUGUCGUUUCUGAGCGAGAAGCAGAACGAGUGUUUCGAAGCCAGCAAUCGGUUGAAACGGCUGGAGGAGCGAUUUCGUGGAUUUGCAUCCACCAAAAAGUUAUUACGUGAAUCGCUAAGUUCACCUGCGACUCCAUCGUCGGGGCAGCCUGCACAGAAUUUAUCAUCCUCGUUGAGUUCACUCUCGACGCUGCUGGCAGAUAGAAAAACCAACACAAACUUAACCUCCCAAUCAUUGCCAGUUCCAGCAUCAUCAACACCCUCACUGACAGCAGCUGCCAGGGAAGAGCAGGAACAAGAACAGCAGUCUCGUUCGGGUCGAAGUUUUGUGCCAUCGUGGAGAACAUCAUCUCUUAGCUGCCUUACCAAGGAUGACACCCAGGAUCAGCUGAGUCAUUUGUCCAGCAAAUCCAACGUUCCACGUUUACCUCCGUUGUCAUCAUCAUUGCUGUCCCUCUCAGCAUCCUCACUGCUUUCUCUCUCCUGUAUUGAUCUCGAACGUAGCAAACAACGGCAGCAACAACAGAAAGUUUUCUCCGAGAAUAAUUACAUUUCCAACGAGGACCAAAACGACAAGGCCGUCGUCAGUGAAAACAAUUAUCCACCCUUUUCGGUUGAUUCGAUUAGCAGCAGCUCGGAGACAGCUGCCCUAUUCAAGGCGACAUCUUUACCAUCUUUGUUACCGCAGCAUUUGUUUCCUCCAACCCGGGCUCCCCCGAGACCUCCUCGGGCAGCGCCAACACAGGAGCAGCCUCUAAAGAACCAUAAAUCAUCGCGGCCCGAAAACGAAGCAAAUAAGCCCAUAGCCUCACCAGACGAAGAUGGUAACCCGCUGAAGAGUACCCCUUUGGAUGAGGAUUAUCGACCAAGCUUGGCAACCCCGGAAUCCAGUGUAGAAUCAGAGGAAAUCUGUAAAAUCUUCCCCAAUGGGAAACCUCGCAUAGAGGAUCCUUUGAAAGUGGUAGAACCAGUGUUUCGUGAAUCAGAAGACGAAGUUGAUGAGAUAGAAGAGUUCCAACAAAAAGAAGAAGAAAUAGAAUUUAGUGCCCAGCAGAGUGAAAGUGAAGAAAAUCAAGAGUUUCUAAACUUAGAAAAGCUUUUGGCGGCAGAUCCGCACACCAAUUGUGAGUUUGACACACGUCACCUGAGCCAGUACGAACCAGCGGUCUACCAGAUUAAGUACUGCUACGAUGAGCUCGAGGAGGAGCUAGAAAGCGAAGUCGGUAGUGUCGGCGGUUUGCUGAUUGGGGCCAGCGACAGCCAGCGGGCCAGUGUCAGUGUUAGUGACGAAAACGGUUGCGAGUGUGUGAUCGAGGCGGUUCCGAUAUACCGCACGCUGCCGCUCGAUAUGCGCGAAACGACGGGCACGCUGCGGGGCCUGUUGAAGAAACCGAACCGGCCACCGCCGGUGCGGAAGAACCGGGUCGUGUUCGAUGAAACGCGAAAUGAGUUUUUCGAGGCCGACUACAUCAUUCUGAUCCGGGAGGACUGCCCGUACGACGAGGAGGACGAGGAGCCGUGCACCUGCGGCGAACAUGAGCUCGUUAGAAUAUGUUGUGACGAAGGCUGCAACUGCGGCUACACGGACGACGGACGGACGCCACCGAGUCCCAAGUUUGCUCCACCCAUAGAGUUUGUCGAUCAGGCCACGCUGAGCCCUCCCGAGGGUUAUAAGGACGGCAGUGGGCUGUUGGACAAUGCGCUCGGCGGCGCCCUCGGUGGCCAUGUCUUCGGUGCACAACAUAUUCAGCAGCUUCAAGUUAUCCAGCGGCUACAGCAGCAACGGGCGGCCAUGUUGGCCGCACGGGCUGCUGCUGGCCAGCAGGGACAACAAACGGGCAGCACUCAGACCUCCCAGACCGGCGGCAGCGGUAGCGGUGGUACCGGAGGCACCGGAACCGGUACAGGACAAGCCCAGCCGCCGCCGCCGCCAUCGCAACAACAGCAAACUGUUUGUACCGAAUGUGCCGAGUGUGCGGAGUGCGCCGCCAAGCAGUUGCACGAUGAAGAGUGCGACUCGCAAUGUUCGGACGACAUUUCGCCGUUGAUGGAAGCCCCGCUACCGCCGCAUGCCACUCUCCCGAUCGCCCUGGUGCCGCUCCAGAAGUCCUCCCCGGAACGGCGGAUCACCCAGAAAGAAAUCAUUGCCGGCGAGGAACGGCCUAAAUUCCUCACCAUUAAACAGGUACAGGAUGCCUCACAAGGUGAUGAUGACAGUAUGAGUCAGUCAUCUGGAGCUGGCUCGGUCCCGUCAGCAGGGGGACCGUUCAAGGGGCAACCGAGUCCACAGCGUUACAUAGUCGAAACCAUCACGAUGACAACCGUCACUGAACGGCGGAUCAUCCAAAAGACACAAACUGAUACGGAACCUUCGCCGCCGCCGACGGCGACGACGGCGGCCGCUUCAAUUGCUAUCGUUACAGUGACAUCGAGCAACGAGACUGGAUCGACGGCGGUGCCUGCCGCGGCCGCCCUCACCGGCAGUAGCAAUAACCACAGCAGCAGCAGCGGCAACAACAACAACGAUCUUCGAGCAAUGCAGCAGAAACAGCUGCAACAGAAGCAACAACAAAGCGGCGUCGGACCACCGGCGGAUCAAUCCUCGGCGCUGGUGAACAAUCAUUACGAGCUGGGAAAGCACAAACCGCUGAGCACGGCACAGGCAAUCAGUGGCAUCCUGAAGGGUGGUAAACUGUGGAAAAACGAACAGCAACAGCAGCAGCAGCAGCAGCAACACCAGGCCCAUCUUCAUCAGCACUCGCAGCAGCAGAAACAACUAUCGGCGCAGCAUGACGAUUCGACGAACGUGACAUCGGACGAGGAAACCAGCUCGAAACGGUCGGUUCGAUUCACCGAAGAAUCCACCAUCCGAGAGGCAUGCUGCGACGGAGAAGUUCAGUCCGGUCUCGGUGAAGGUGAAAUGGGCACCGGAAAGCCCAUCAACUACAUGUCGGACACACUGAAGCGGCACUCGUCCAGUCUGUUCCACAACGCUCUUCGACCGAAUUCGGCUGUUCGGCAGCUGUUCCCGAGUUCGGCCAUCAGUCCGCUGCUCUCGUCAGCCGGUUGUGCAACGGUGAUGACGGUUGCUGCGGCCACCACCACCAUGGCAACGGGGGUACAGAUGACGGCAGUGAACACAACCAGCGCUAGUACGGCCGGUAAUCCAACGGCACUAACUCAGGAGGCUCUGAAGGCGUUCGACGACUUGAAAAAGCCUACUCUGGUCCAUCAGCACAGCAUCACCAGCAAUAGCAGUAGCAGUAACAUUAAUCCUGCAGCCGCCGGGAGCGCAUCGGUAACGGCAGGCGGCAGCCCCGGUGGAUCCUGCGGGACGGAAACGGACACCAUCCGGAGGACGAUCGAACGGAAUGCCCUUCGCCGGUCACUCAUCAAGUAUGAACCGAAGAAAAAGAUCCCGGUGCGAGAUGUCACCUCGCUAGAGGAACGCAUCCGUCAGUUGACGUGCGACAUCGACGAUCCAAUCGACGAGGGUGCCGAUGGCGACCAUCCUGGUCACGUGGGCGAUCUUGGCGAUAUGGAACGGAGAGACAGUCCGGCCGGGGAGGAAAAUCCACAGCAGCCUAAGUACAUCCCGGAUAAAAGUUUCUCGCCGAGUUCGUCGGCGUCCAGCUCUUCCAGUGGAUCAAACGGAUCGACGUACAAGAAGAUCACCGAUCUGUUCCACCGGGAUCGACGGCAGGAGAAAAUCCCGGAGGCGGACGAGAAUCCGAUCGUUAUUAUUCCACAGGUAUAUGGUGAUUAUUUGCAGGACUGCCGUUGCCCGGCUGGGCCUGACAUUGGAAUGGGCGUACAAAUUCAGGGUGCACACACUCAAAUCCAUCAACCACCGCAGCAGCGCCAAACCGAUGGCUCCCGAAGGCAGUUCCUUUCCACAUUGGCUCCUCUGACGGCGUGCGUUGCUGGCCAACGCGACGAUCUGUCGUAUUACACACUCGCUCAACCCGGAGACAGGAAUUCGCUGGGCAGCUCCCAGAGCACCGAGUAUAGUCUGGGCGAUAUCGAUGCGGCGUUACACGAUGAUGAUGGCAAAAAGGUGGCUCCGGAUGUGAUUGCCGGCACACCCGGCCAAGAGUCGGACGAGCUAGCGGCAUUUGUGCAGCAAGAAGGCGCCCGCACGGAACGACUGAAGAAACGUUACAGCGCAGAAACGUCCACCUCGGCUCCCGCUUCCGGAGCUGGGUCAGACGAUGACGAGCACAAUGAUUAUGGAUUCAACUCACGGCCUUCGGUGCGAGGUAUCAAGCCCCGUUUCGGUUCAACCAACGAAAUUUUGCAGCAAAUGCAAGCUCAACUGGCGGCUCCUUCGCCCCCUCAGCCCAAGUCCCAGUCCAGUGUGGCGUCACCUCAUCCAAUACAAUCGAACACAUUCCCGCGACCACACACGGCCAGCAGCUUGCAACUGGCUGCGGCAAAGCAACAAAUUACGACUCACCAGCAUACCGCAUCGUGGAGCUACUAUCCGGUGGACCAGUCCCAAUCGAAGGCUGUGGCCGCAGUGGCCUCUGGCACCAACAUGGUUGCCGCUGUCGAUCCACACGGAAACUAUUACCAUAUCCCAGCUCAAGCACGCCAUAGUUACCACGGUCAGGAGGCGAUUUACCAGAACUGUGCUCAACUACCCGCUGGCAACAUCCAAGCCAACACGGUUCACGUUCAAUCCCAGCAAAUACACACUCAGCAUCACGCAGUUCAUACGGCCCACCAUAUACACCAAACGGCAGCAGCAGCAGCGGCUGCAGCCGCAGCAGACCCAGCAGCUUAUGGCAAGUUCGCACGAAGUCCCACCCGUCGGCCAGAGUCACCGCCGCCCUUGCGCAACUAUCAUCAGACGAUGGUGCUGAUUCCGUACAAUGCCGAAACUUAUCAGCGGUACACGGCUCAGGAGCAGGAAAACUACCGUCGGCAGCACAAUAUUGUUGAGUAUCAGCAGGUUACGCAACAAACCAUCAGAGUUCCCGUAGGCUAUCCGCUUCCCGGUAUGCAAUUACACGUAGUCGCCGGUCGUGGGACUCUCCCGCCACAUUACUCUACUCUGCCCCGAUUGGGUUCCAGCUCGAAUCCAACCACAUCGGCAGCGGUAGCAGCAGUCACCGGUCCCAAUGUCAGUGCUCCACAAGGUAAACCACCGGCCUACAGUCAAUAUCCAGUUGAAAAAGCUGGCGUAAAGUUCACCGAACGUGGAGCUCCAGAGGGUGCGGCCAGUGUUCAACCCGCGGAUGCCGGCAGUCUUCUUUCGCCUUCUUCACAAGGUCAUGGGCCACCAACGGCUGCAUCGACAGGACCUAUGACGUCAUCCUCUGGUAGUGCAGCCACCGGAAGUAAUGCCCAAGGGCAGGGUGCUGUAUUCUAUGCGAUGAACGUUUGACACGGCGACUAGAUCAAUUUCACAAUAUGAAUUGAACAGACACAGCAACGGCGGAAGCUCGAGGAAGGUAGCUUUACUAUUGGUAAGAAUAACAACAAUAAUUAUAGUCUAGUGGAAUCGACAGCGAUUGCAAGCGAAACGGAGUGAAGGAGGGUGUGCGUUCAAUUGAAAACGGCGUACUAAAAUCGCACACAACGAGAAUUUUCAACGUUUGUAAAUCCUAACGCUCCUCUUUUGUUUUAAUAGAAAAAAAUGCUCAAUUUUCAUUGCUCUCUCGUAGGUUCCCUCCACUCAAAAAAAAACUGUAGCCAUAAACCGAAAGGUACGCGCAAGUAAGAAGCAAAUCUGUUAAACCAAAAAACAAGUAAUCAAACCAUUAAGGGUAAAAAAAACAGUUCCGGCUGGUUGUACAUAGUUGGGCUGAGCUCGGAUUGCGAAAUAUACCAAAAUGUUUAUUCAGUGUAGCGCAGACAUUCCUAUAUACUUUUCACCUAAUCGACGUGGCAAGAAACUAUCGAGCUCAAGCAAAGACAAACAGCGCCUCGCGCUGAAAGCAUUUUCGUGUUGCUUUUUGUUACAAUUGACUAACUAGACUCAUAUCGAUCUUCCUUCCAAAGGCAAAAGGCUCAACCGAUAGUUGUUAUUCCAAAGAGAACUGUUAACUGUACUGAGUGUUGCUCAGGGGGGAUCUAUCUGUCAAACAUCGUGUAACCAACAUAUUCGGCAACAUGGUGUUUGUUUUGGUUUUUGUUCUUUUUGGUUAUGAAAUUGAUCGAUGUGAAAUAUUAUAGAAUUGGAACGUUUUUUUUAUCAAAACUCGAGAAACCGCGGAAAACUUUUUUGAAUGUGUUGAGUAGUGAUUUUUUCCUCAUUAUCGUUCAUAGUUACAAACGUCACGGACCAACAAACGUCAUGGACCAGAGCUGAUCUGCGAUAACGCACACAUAUAUGAAAUUUGACAGCAGUGAAUCCCCUCUGGUGUUGCUCUAGUACGUGAAGUCUGUACACGAGGUGCUAGCCAUGAGCUUUUCCGAGAUUAUUGAUAAUUUGAGCUGUUAUGCUUUCCGCUUCGAAGUCAUUUGGCGAAAAUACGAACAAUUACUGCGGGAAUCAUUCGGUUUGAAAAGCAGCGUGAAGUGUCAGAUAGAAUCCCAUUUAAGAGUUUAUAAACCCACAUUUUAAUAGAAUUCAGAGUUAAUAUUAUUUUUUUAUUUUUUACUAGCUUGAAAGUUAGUAAUCAUCGUUUUAUUGUCUAAGAGUACCAACAGAAACAUCAAAAUUUCAUCAGCCAUGCGAAAAUACACGAAAAGUUUAAAAAUCGUCAUAAGCGAUGUUCAAACUUAAUUAUACAGCGCUUAUCAUUCAGGAUUGACGCGCUUCCUGAAGAAGGAUUAAAAGAAUUAAAAUUAAAACAUUUCUACUCUUUUGGGAUGAGUUGAACUCCAUUGUGGUUGUACAUACUGUAAUGGUAACUGGCUGAAUCUGGACCAUCAUAAGACUUAAUUAUGGGCAAAAUCCGCUUCUUGAGGCAUUGCAAAACCCUGGUUUUGACGUAGAAUUACGUCUUACGGUAAAAUUCUGGGAUAAGGGUGAAAGAAUUUCUCAGCUGGUCUGAAUUCCACACAAGAAAAGCGGAAAAUAAAACUGAAAUCGAAGUCAUUUUUAUAUGAACAGGGCUGGCAUUACACUAUUUUCGAGUGGGUAGUUAGGAAUAGGGAAGGUUCAACGGUGGCCUUCCGGCAGUUAACCGGAACAAUCGCCAUGGCUUUUUGAGUUCUUUUUUCGUUUCAUUUAUGAAUUUUCGCGACAAACUUGUUUGAGUAGAUCUUACACUUUAGUUUUGCUCAGAAACUCUCGAUAGGGCGCAGCUAGGGGACGCUCCAUCCCUCCAACGAUUGCUUCGAGUAGUGGGCUGACGGCAGAUCUAGCAGUACACCGCGUUUUCGCUCUUAUGGUAUUCCUUGAUAAACGACGUAACUUCCGACCGGACUUCUUACUAUAAAUUUCCUUGUUCACGGCCAGUCCGGAGCGAAAGAGGAGCGGCUUUGACAACCGCUUCUCGCUGAUUGUCAGCCACAGCAGCACCUUCUUGGGGAACUUGAUGUGACAAAUGAACUUCACCUCGGAGCUCACUUUCUUCGUGGAGGAAGUAAAAUACGAAGUGCCCUGCCAGUUGUUGCCAUUUUUGAAGGUUGGCCGGUGGGACCAACAUCCCGACCAAGUGCAUGCAGCGAUGUAGGCACUUUUUUCCUCGGUCUUCCUCUUCCGCAUCCGCUCAUGGUCCUCGGCCGUUCGGAACCGGGCUUUCUUUCAAUGCUUUGAUUGUUGUCCAAUAGUGCCAAGAUAUUGUAGAUGCUGUAACGGGCGUAUCCGAUGUCCACAAAGUGUCACAAGAGCUGUUUUUGGCGCGGUGGGGUUCCGUUCUUUGAACGCGCACUUCUGAAUGAAAUAGUUUCACAGUUUUUGCCAUCACGGUUAGAGUUCGAGUUAAAUUUUUCUGCUGACCCAUGGGUUACUAUGAUAGAUGCUGCAUGGGUUGUUUUGUUAGUGCGUGUAAAGGUAAGCCCAUGAAAAAUCAACAUUUUUUGUACAUUUUUUUAAUGCAAAUGUUAAGGCCCAAAAGUUUUGUCUCUUCGAAAAAAGUCUCCAUCCCAAAUUUUAACUUAAUCGGGCUUCUGGUAAGGCUUCACUUACUGUGCCACCAACGAAUUUGUUAGUAACCUUGCCGCAAGCUGGUGCCUUAUGCAAUUAACAUGUGUAUCCCCCCCUGACACAGAUUUGCCAGUACAAUGGGCACCAAUCAGUUUUUUCGCCACUCCGACGCUUUGUUUGCACCUUGCGGGCAGUCAUGAGAGUAUUCCUUGUACCUAAUAAUCACUCACGCCACGGUUCUUAAGAGAAUACUCAGCAAUUUUACAAGCUCCUAAGUUGACUCUGAUAGAUUCUGGAUGUAACUGUGCACCUUUUUUUUCCUGCUCAUGGUAAUUUUCUCGGCACCACGUAUAAAAUGAAUUGCCUAGCUUAUAAAUGAUAUUUUUGAAAAUAGGGGUGUAAAGGAUGUGUAUAUUAUUUUUAAUUUGAUAGGAAGUAUCAAAAGAAAUGCAUGUUCCGCUGACUUAUCUUUUGAUUUGAACAGAAGAAAUAUUGAAAGAAUCGAUUUCUAACUUUACCAACCGUAACAUGACAGAAGUAUCCUAGGUCAUUUUUUCAAAUGUAUUCAUACUACCCAAAUAAGAAAUCUGUAAAUACGCCCCCAUUGAAAUUUGGACAGUUGGCAAAAAUCUCAGCAAACACAUUGUGUCGGGUGCGAUUAUUCAACCGACUAUUAGGCUUCCACGUCUUCACAUGAGCUCUAAUGUCUUCGAAAUUAAGAUAUAUUUGCACAGCUGGCAUUCCUGUCAUGACGCGUGAGCCAGGCUUAUAUUACCCACAGCCCAGCCAGCUGUCAUUCUGCAGAAAUGUCACUUUGUACACUACUUGCCAGUUAGCGAAAAUUAAAAAAAAUACAUUGUUUACUUUAAAUACAAAAAAAAAUCGUAGAGCUCUAGGAAAAUUUACGUAGUGUCUAUUGGAAGGUCAGUCAUUGAUUAGUAUAAGAAAAAGGAGGUAUUUUUUCAAAAUAAAACCUCUAGUUUCUCAGUAAUUUUUAUUCAUAAGGUUAGCGGUUCUCUACCUUUUUUCGUCCGCGUACCCUUUGGCGAUAAUUUUCAAAUCAAUUGUACCCACUAGCUUGGUUUGUUCUCGCAGCAUGGGAGAGAGUAGUGGUAAAUUAUGUUGUGGAGGUCUAUUUUAAGUUUUGAAUUGAACUAUAAUUUGUUCGAUUGCCACAACCAUUUUUUAAGAGCAAUAUUGUUAAACAUAUGAAGUGUUAUAAAUAAAAAAUUGCUUUCCACGCCAUUACUGAUUAUUUCUCGCGUACCCCCUGGAGGCUUCCACGUACCCCUAGGGGUACGCGUACCCCAGGUUGAGAACCACUGCGUUGGGUUAUAUGAGAACUAAACAAUAGAAUAAUAGAGGUUUCCCAUCGACAGGCUCGUCGUUUCUCCUCAAAGAAACACUAGAGUGUAGGGCUCCACUGUAGGAGAAUAUCUUUCACUGCGGAAACAACUGCUCUCACGCUGGUAAGCAAAUCGACACACGUGCUUGAAGAGAGCAGCAAACCAUGUGUAUCUGAGGAACUUGCAAAAAUAACGCGGUGUAAAUAUCUGUAAUACCUCUCCUCAAGGGUGGUAAAAAUCGUAUCUCAUAACAAUCAUUCGGGUAUCAUUUCUGAACGUGCUAUCCAUAAGCUUUCAAUCCCAGCAAACCAUUGCUCUUAAAAGUUACACAUUCUCACGCAUGCAAGAGAUAACUUAGAGCACAGAAAUAUAUGGUAGCUUUUUUUGAUGAUUUUGUUUCAGUAUUGCCUGAUUUAGGCGGAGCGAGCAACAUAUAGCGAGUGUUUCACGAAAGAAUCGUAAACGAUUGCACUCAAGCGAUCGCAACGAUUCCUUUAAAUGUUGGUGGCUUGUAGAUGGAUUCUGCUUCAAUUUCCGUUAGCAUUGAUGAUACCUGCUUGCUCCGGUAAGCAAACAGUUGAACGCAAUCUAACGUUCAUUUGGAUUCAUAAUUUUGUAUCACUGGCGAUAAUAUCUCAAAGAUUCUCGCGAUAAUGUUGAAUGCAAGUGGACUUGGAUACAAUAAAUACUAUUGUGCUUGAAUCAUUUAGUCUCCUUCUAUGGUAUUUGGAACUCUUAGAAGCGAGAAACAAUCAGCAGCGUUUCUACGGAAAACUUGUACGCAAAGAACACAAUUGCAUGAAAUAUUACUAGUGAGUGAAAAUUUCCAUGCUUGCCUCUCCUGAGAGAUGCUAAAUUGAGGUUAGCUUUCUCACACGAAAAAACAGUACGCACAAUAACUACUCAACAGAGCUCACUGCAGUGCUUUUACAGCGCGUCACUUGAGCAUUUAUCAAAUGAGGGGAGCAUCUGGGUAGGAAAGUAGAUUGCGUUUGCUUUGUAUCGUCAAUCUGAAAAAGUCACAUUCUUCUACGAGAAAACUCAAGUUGUCGCUGUUGUGUUAUCUCAGCAGUGCAUUCAGUGGUGUACUUCUGUGUAUUUUCACUAGAGUGAUUCACCACUCUUGUUUUGCUCAGCUGUGGUGUAAGUAGCAUGCGAGUUAUUUUUUCUGCGAGCGGAAGAAGCAUAGCACAAAGCAAAAGUUUGUUAAAAAAAUUGCCACUUGCAGCACUCAUGUCGAUGAAAAGUACGCAGUGGAUUUCGACUCCGCUUUCGAAAGUUGUGUCAUAACAGCUACAUUGUCGCCGCACGGCAAAGUUUAUUCCCCCAAAAUUUUCACCACCUUUGUCUUCUGACAUAUCUACUGGCAAAGUGGAUGAGAAUAGUGAUGGCGCAUUCCAAAGCGCAUGCUUGCCAGAUCUAUGGAUUUUCUCGCAGAUUUACGAAUUUGUUUCACUUGAGCAACAUGGUUUGUUUUUCGAAGUGAGAUCACGCUUGGUUCUGUUUGGGUUGCUGUAGUCUUCACCAUCCCUAUAAUCGCAUACUUGCAGGCUCAGCACUUUUUCACGUUAUGUCCUCACCUAUAUUUUCCACAUUGAACAGAAUCCACCACUGACAGUUUCUGAAAUGGUGCAGACUUGGGAAGAAAAAGGGUAAAAAGGAGCUGCGUAGCCUCCUCAAGGUUACAGAGGUCACUUUGACAAGCGGAUGGUCAUGAGUUUGGAUCGUAGUAACAUCAGGCCAUUUGAUGCCGAGGGGAAAUUUUACGCAUGGGUUUAUUCUUCUGGGUUCCCCUUCCCCUUUUCCAUUUUGACCAUUCAUUCAGACUGAAUUGUAAUAAAGAAUCUAUAAGGACCAAUACUUGUCAGAAGUAAAUCACGAAGCUCGGUAUAUCAAAGUAGUAGGGUAAUCGCUCCAUUAGUCAUCUCAAAAGCUAGGUGCACCUAUAGUCACCCUAUUUCUCUCAUUUAUCCAAUUUGCCGUCAAAUUUCUACAAACUUUGAAAGUCAACCUAUUUGCUUCUCGAUUUUGCCAAGUGGUUGAAGGUUUUACGUUAAAAAUAUGGUAAAAUUUAACGAUAAAUUGAUCAAAUAGGCGUGAUGAGAUGAAUAUAGGAGCGAUUACCCUAGUAAGCGUAACGUUUGCAUUAAAAAAAAUUCUUUUCGGAUGGUGAAAACCAAACCAAAGACAGAUAAUUGAGUUUCGAUUGGACCUUGGGAGGGUUCGCCAACUUGGAUACCACAUCGAUAUUCAACCGCUCUCUAUCCUCCAACGAUCGCUUCGAGUAGUGGGUCGACGCCAGAUCCGGUCAAUACACCGCGUCAUCGCCCCUAUGGUAUUUCUUGAUGAACGACGCAACAUGCGGUAGGCACUUUACACAAUAAAUUUCCCCGUUCACGGUCAGCUCAGAGCGAAAGAAAAUGAACUUUCCCUUUGUGGGGGAAGUAAAAUACGCCCUGCCAGUCGUUGCCAUUCAGGGCGCGAUAGGUCUCGUUGUCCGUCACCAACACCAUGUCGUGAAUCGCCGGCUAAAUCCACUUGACCAUUGCGUCAUGACCUGCAGCUCCGAGACCAGUGGACUAGACUGCCGCUUCCUGACAUGUAUUUCUAUGUUUGCCAGGUACUUUAUCACUGUUUGACCGGGUGUAGUGGACUUCCGGUCAAGCGCACACACCGGGUCUUACUCUCCAUCAUCCUUUGGAGCUUUUUGUCGCACAGGGUCAUCGACCAUCCGGAAUCUGGCUUUCUUUCGAUGCUCUGAUUGUUGUCCAAUAGUGCCAAGACGUCGUAGAUGCCGGAACAGGUGUACCCGGCGGCCAUAAAGUACCGAACGAUAUCCGUUUUUCACGUACCGUUUUCGAACGCACACACUGCUGAACGAAGUAGCUUCACUGUUUUUGCCAUCACGACUUAUAGAGCUGUCAAUUUUAUUCUGCUCACUCAUUGGUUACUAUGAUUGAUGCUGUAUGGAUAGUUUCGUCAGUGCGUGUAGGGUUAACCGCAUCCCAAAUCGCCUUUUGUCCUCCUUAUUAGCUCAGAUCCAUGUGCAAUCAUCAGACUCAAGCUCAGGAUUUGAGAGAAAAAGGAUUUUUUGUCAUUAGUUACAAUCCGUCGAAAAAAAAAUUGUGUGAGUAUUAGUUUCAACAAUUAAAAGAGUUUCGUCGGAAAAACCUGUUUCGACAUUUCAGUUUAUUCGAAAAAACCUCAGAUGGCGCUAGUAUAGGCAUGUCAUUUUCGAUUUCAAGUUUUCAUUGCGCGGCUGAGAGAUUGCCUUAUUUUUGCAUAUAGGAGGCCAGAAUAGUUGCAGAGACCGAGUUUGCCUCUGAACCUCUAACGACUAUACCGCCCCUGUUUACAUAGUUGACGAAAGAGCCAAAAUGACCAAAAUGCACUUUUUUGUUGAUUCAGCUUCCUUUCCCUAAGAUACAUACACUACAAAUGAAAAGAAAACUAUUUUGUUCUAAAACUUUCGAGAAAUAUUGGAAAAACGUUUUGGCGUAACUGCCAAUUGGUUGCAAAAACUGGCGUCACUCCAUACAAGGUGCAAUUGUUUAUGUUAGGUCGUUUUAUUCGACUGUCUAACUACUGUCUGUUUGCCUAAGUUAAGUCGUUUAAUUCGACAAAUAUUCCAUGGAAAGGGGUAAAGGGGUCCCCCUACCAGUGGAUAUUUGCAUCAGAUGAAAUAAUUAAAUCGUGUGUGUAUAUUACGGUGGGUAAACUUAAUCGAUUUGCCAGAACAUUUUUAAGGUUCUAUUUGGGGCCCCAAGCAAUCCUGACACUACCGGAAGUGGAUUGAUCGAUAGCUCUCUAGAAAGAAACAUGCGCAAAAGUUUUCCUAUACUAAUCUUCAUACAAAUUCAUGUGCAUGCAUAUGUAAUCCAUAUUCGGCAGGUUUAGCAUUGUCUGGGGGCCUAAAUUGAACAAAAAAAAAACAGUUUGUUCCUUGUAACGAUUACCCACCUUAGCGUAAAUGUUUUGUGCAUGUGUUUGUGUAUGUAUGUGUGUGGGUUUGUAUGUGUGUUUGUGCGUAUUUGUCUAAUUGAAACUGCCGAUGGACAGUAAUUAACGCUUGAUCGAAACACGAUUGAUAAAACAAUUCAACUGCGAGGCAGAGUAGGAAGUAGUCAAGUUUUUACGCCAAGCUAUGCGAACAAUCUGCGAGAAAAAUGCAUGUUUAUUCGCAUAAACUGGCGUAGUGGUUUUUCUGGAUUAAUUACCAUGGGCAGACUCGAAUAAUCCAUGGGACCUCUAUUCAAACAUCAAUCUUCAUAAAAUUGACAGACUAUUUUGUUGAAAUUUUAUCUCAAUAUAAUUAUUCGUGCUAAAAUAACAAAAACGCGCUUUUCUCGCAAUGAUGGUGUUGGUUGUUACGUCAACUAUGUAAACAGGGGCAGUAUAACGGGAAAUGAAGGUACUGUUUAUUACCAUAGUUAUUGACGUAUUUUUAUACACGCCUAUUUUUAUAGACUCUUCUGCUCAUCUUUACUGAGCCUCGUUUAGUUACCCUGCAAAGUAUCGGAAAUUAUAACUGCUUGGAAAGGCAGUUCAAUUCUGUUCGAGUUUUUUUCCUGGAAUCUAGCGUGCGGAAGAGUCAAGUUAGGGGAUGGCAGGGAGCCUGAGAAUUUGAACUACGAGCUGCUCUAUUUCCUGGGGGCGUAAUCACAAAAUUGCAACUUUAAAAAAAUUACAAUAUUUAUUGGAAUAACUUUGCCGAAGACACUAUGGCUCUAAAAUCAACUUUUUUAAUCAAAAUAAUUUAGAUCAUGUUCGUGCAGCUUUUGAAACAGUGUGCAUCGGUCCAGUUUCAGAGGUUGCCAAUACAAAAUGAGGUUUUUCAUACAUUCGUUUCAUAUACAGAAUAAAAUUUCUCUGCGUCUCGCGAAACUGAGGAAAUAACAAAAUUUGAAAAAAAGGCGGAGCCGCUUGCAACAUGGGUGUUAUAUAAACAUUGCGAACAGAAAGCGAACUCAUGAUAGUCGCUGCUUCUCUAAUUGAUUUUUAGUUCAUUUUUUCAUUAGUUUGCAAUUGUAAAGAUAUGCUUAUUUCUAUACCAAGAGCUUGGAGAAAACAUCACCUAUAGAUUAGGACAUUAAUGUUAAAGAUCUGUUUAGUGAAUGUAAUCAUCCAUGCAUUUGAAACAGCACUUGACACGUAUGACUCUACACUAAACCAUCUUGUUCUCCGUUUUAGAAGCGAAUUGGUUUAGAAGCGGUGAUUGGUUAAAUGCUGUGGAACUCAUUUUUUCACAUAUUUUUUUUCCAUUCCAACCGAUGAAAAAAAUUGACUUUCUAGGACUUUGAAAUUUUUGAACUGGGACCAAUGAAAUAUAUGGGAGGAGAUUAACUUCAAAUUUACCUUCUCGAAAUUGUCCUCAUACAAAAUUUCAGCUUAAUCAGACACGGGGAAGCGGUGCCUCGAGGCGGUCCAAGUUGCACUAUUUUGACAGAUGAAGAAUGGCACAGAUAGUAGUUUAUGAAACUGUCGAUAUCGAAAAAUUUGUUUGAUACCAAAUGUCUUAGAACACCAUGAUACGUCGAGAUAUGAUGUUACCUGAAAAAAAUCGAUAAAAUCGCUUUACAGUGGAUCGAAUCGUUGGCAAUAGCAACGAAACGAUAAAAUCAACAAACAAUGUUAUCAAACAGCGAACGAUAAAAUAGAAAAGGUUCAACUCAACAGUGUUUGAUUUUUGUUUUUUUUUUUUAUCUAAACACAUAUACAUAUAAUGUUUAACGGGGCCAAAUGGAGGAUGUUUUAAUUGUUUAGUGCAUGUUUUCAUUCAACUUGUGUUCGCAAAUGGGCAGAAGCUUUACUAAUAUAACACGGUAUGUACGAAGAUCCUUCGUUGCAACAUGACAGAUGUGGAGCAGUAAAACUGUAAAAUCUUGCAAAAAAUCGUUGUUUUUAUGUCAAUUUCAGUUUUCAUUCAGGCUCAAUUUCUUGUUCUAUUUGUUAAAAGAAAUUUAGAGAUUUUUGCCAUUUUAUGAUGGUAUGUCCGCACAUAAAAUUGUUCGUAUUAAUGCCAAAUGACUCAAAAAUCUUCUUCAGUGACACCUUUGCCGCAAAAAAUUUUCAUAGCAUUGAACAUCAACCAAAAAUAUACCAAAAUUGAUUAUUCAAUCUUAAAAUAGCUAGUUUAACGGUUAAUUAGAAGUAUUAGCACAGGCCAGCAAAACCAAAAAAAAGUAAAACAAAUGACAUAACAUAAAUAAACAUGCGAGAAUUGAAACUACAUACUAGUUUGUAAGCAGGUGUAAAAAGUCACUAUUGCUAGAAAAUUAAGUAAGCUUAGUAGCUUCGUAGCAUGGUUCGACAGAACUUGAUAACGGAAGCGAACAAAAGAUAAACUCAACUGUAAAUAUGACACAUCACUCAAAACAGAGAAUGCCGAAGAAAAGUAAAAUAAGUACGAUUACACUGUAAGCUAGGAAUAAAACAUACUUGCAUUUCAGUUGAACAAACUCAAGCAAAAUACAAUAUAUUCGGCGCUCAAACCAACUCCAUUUGUCCGCGCGUGAAACAACUGGACGAACUCCGGGGACGAUUUGGCUUCGGAACGAGCAAAAGUCAGAAACAGUAAUACAAUACGAAACAUUAGUAUAUGCCCCUAGACAAACAAACAAACAAACAAAAAAUGUAUUCGAGCUUGCCACCCACUCAUACACAACAGAAUAAUAAACAAAACAAAACCUUUAACUAUACUUAGUGCCAAAGGAAGAAGAAACAAUAGUAGUUUGUAUCCUUACGGAGCUGGAAAUUCAGGGCUUGUUUCAGUUGUUCCUUUGUUCCGUUUGCUCAUCGCCUAAUCGGAUGAUUGUACUCGGAGAAUGUAACGAAAUUCACCAAAGAUCCUCCAAAUGACAGGGUUUGUUUUAAUUUGUAUUCACCUCAAGCUGUGUUAGUUUUACGUUUCGUUUAAGGUUGUGUGCGUGUGUUUAUAAAACUACGAUAGAAUCACGUAUGUCUUCGUUUAUUAUUCUAAGUUAAGCUUAAGUUUCAUUUGAUCUAGCUCGACUGAGUUAAGUUUGGAGAAUUGAACUCGGUUUUAGAAAGCGCACGCGCUUAGAAAACAAUGGGAAUUAAGUAGAGGUUAAGGAGAUUCUUGUACAUCGCACAACUGACAUGUGGAAGCAAACUUUUUUGACAACAGUAUAUACACAUAUUGCAGAGCAAAACUAGCCAGCAGAUGGUCGUAGCAUUGAACAAAUAGAACUUAAAUACAUUAGUGUACACAUAUUCUGCUAAAGUUAAAUGAUUAUUGCGAAGCAGCAAAUUAGGAUGUGUAACAAUUGCUAUAUCGUUGAGAGGAUUUAAUAUUUCAAUAAUUGCUGAACGAUGUAGGUAACCACAGUUGACAUGAUUAAACAUAGAACAUCGCAACACAUUGCCGACGAAGUUAGUGACGUCAGUUAGCAGCAAAGCAACAAACGUGUACUAGUUUAAAAGAAAAUCAUAAAUGAAUUAAACUAUUAAUGUACUUUAAAAGUAGAGCAAAAUAAACAAACAAGAGUGAAACUAUUUAGAACAAAAUAAAAACAACACGAUGUGAAUGAGUCGUAAAACAAAAAUUAAAACAUCUGUUUUGAAAAGUGAAAUCUCAAAAACUAUAUAUAUAUAUAUUAUAUUUAUUGGAACAAACACAGAAAGACAAGCUGUAGAAUGACAAGAAGUUUCGUGUGCCGCGUGCGCAAAACUCAUUGUGAAGGAAUCUAGCGAAAUUAGGUUGGAAGAACUGAAACAACAUGAUCGUUAUUUUGGAACGUUGACUUAAAUCGAAUGUAUCUCUUUGAAUUGUACUUCGGAAGAUUGAAUCAUUAAAGAGUGUUGUUUAUCUCAUUGAAAAAAAACUAAACAUUUACUAUUCAAUUGAUUGCUACACAAAGAAACAGUGAAAAAAAAGAAGCGAAAAACUGAGUGAAACACACAAAAAAGAAAAUGAAACAAGUGAGUAAACUUGUAAAGGUUAGAGUUAUCAAGUAAGGUAAAUUGAAAUAAAUUAUUGUUUUUAAUAA